ACACAUGCAUGCCUGUAGAAUGAUGCAUGGGCAUGGUCACCCUCACCCUAGCCUGCCACCGCUAAACUAACUGAACAAGACACACCAGCUCCCGUCCGGCCGUCCGGCGGAGGAAGAGGGAGCGAGCGAUGGCUGAGCUCGCGUCGGGCGCCGUGACCUCCCUGCUGGGAGUCAUCCGGAACGAGACGCGGCUGCUGGGUGGCGUCCGGGGCGACGUGCAGUUCAUCAAGGAGGAGAUGGAGAGCAUGAACAGCUUCCUGCUGCACCUGGCCCGGACGGCGCCCCCCCGCGGCGAGCACGACGAGCAGGUCCGCACGUGGAUGAACCAGGUCCGGCUCCUCGCCCAGGACUGCAACAACUGCAUCGACCUCUACCUGUACCGCGGCAAUCCCGACAUCCACCUCGCCAAGGGCGGCCUCUGGCGCUACCUCCUGUGGGCUCCAUGGUUCCUGCGGAAGAUGGUCGCGCAGCACCGCGCAGCUGAACAGCUGCGCGAGCUCAAGGAGCGGGCGCGCCACGUCGGCGAGCGGCGGUUGAGGUACGGCGUGGAGGUCCCUGCGAAGGAGUCGUCGACGGCGGGGCAGUCGUCGACCGCACCUUCACCUGCAGAUGACGAUGAAGAAGACGGUGACAAUCAAGAGGUGACAACGGUGACCCAUCAUUCUGAUCGUCCAAGCAGAGCCCUUUUUGAGAUUCCCACUUUGGACGACUACCUUGAGAGGAAGCUAGUCGAGUGGAUGAAACAAGUUGAGAGAGGCAACACCGGAGCAGCGGCAGGAUCAAUACCAUCCAUUGCCAUUGUGACACCGGAUACAGACAAGUACGCCCGUGCUCUUGCACGUGAAGCUUUGGCUGUGGCAAAGACCCAUUUCCAACGCAGUGUCUUGGUCAACAUCCCGGCAGUGCACUGUGAUUCCCAAUCGCUAGAGCCCAAGCCCAAGGACAUUCUCUACUACAUACUGUUUGAGCUCGAGCGUGCCAAAUCGGGUCAAGGCGAGGAAGAGGAGCUGCAAGGCAAUGAUUGGCGAGCUGAGGACAAAAGAAAAAAGGGAAUUCUCCGGAACAAAAGUGCUCUGAUUGAUGGAAUCCAGGGAAAUAUCAGAGAAAUGAAAGUUGACGACAAGAUUGAAAAGAUCAAGAGCGCGAUUCCAGAAGUGGAGGUCGACCUGCUGACGCUGAGCGUGGAUCAAAUGAAGGAUGUCCAGCUGGACAUGCAAGCCUUAGGCGCACUCCUCCUGCUGCUCAAGUCAGCUGCGGCGGCGGCGGCUGAACAAGACCAUACAUAUACAUUAGCAUUGUGCAACGACAUCAUCCAGAAAACAGCAGAGAAGCUUAAAGAGCAUAUGGAAAUAGUAGUAGAAGAAGAACAAGAAGCAUGCGAAAAGCAGCAAGCGGCCCUGAUUCGUCUCCAUUAUGCCCAAUAUGAACACAUCCUGCGGGAGGCGUUCCUGACGACCAGCAACAGCAAGCCCCUGCAGGCCCAGGAGCAAGACACCAAGCAAGCCACAAAGAUCACCGCCACCACUAGCACAACUAGAUUGGGCCAUGAUCAAAUCAAAGAAAUUAUUGACAAGGUUAAGCUAGAGAUCCUGCGGGAAGUGUUCGCGACGACCAGCAACAGCAAGGCCUGGCAGACCCAGGAGCAAGACACCAAGCAAGCCACAAACAAGACCACAACGACAACAUUGGAUGAGGAUCAAAGAAAUGCUACUAUUGAAGAAACCAAAAGGAAGAUCGAAGAAAUCCGGAGUGAGAUUAAAGAGCAGCUCGUGAUCAAAGGGAUCGUGGACAAGAUUAAUAAAGAUCAUUUGAAGCAUGAAAGGACACUAAUCAUCAUCAAAACCGAUCAGAAGUAUGUAUUGGAAUGGGAGGAGACCAGAAAUGCUUUGAGCCUGUUGGGCUGCGUCGCUGGUGCAGUGAUCGUGACCGCCUCAAAGAACACUCAACAGGCCAAAGAAUAUUGCUAUCCACUGCGGGAGCCUUUGGACUGUUCUCUUGUCGGCCUCUACCAUGAUAUUUUACUCCAGCUUACGGGCAACCAGAUGCAUGAAGACAACAAUCACAAUCCCCAGAUUUAUCGUGCCAUCUUGAACAAGUGUGAGCCCCAUGAAUUGUGCAUGAAGAUCUUCGCUCAUGCUUUGUACGCCAACCCCAAGAUGAGCAAACAAGAGCUGCGCAAGCUGCACAGCACCCUGCAGGUGGUUCCCCAAAAAUCAUUGGGCAGCAUUGCUAAAAAGAUGUUCAAGUUCUCCUACAAGCACCUUCCUAAAGAAUACAAGUCUUGCUUGUUGUACCUAGCUAUCUUCCCUCAAGGACACAAAAUCAGGCGGUCAACCUUGAUAGGACGAUGGGUUGUAGAAGGACUGAUAACUACGGAAGACUGGCGCUGGUCCAGUUCAGUGCGCCAAGCCGACCAAUGUUUUAACGCACUCAUCGACCGAUGGCUUGUUUAUCCUGCUGAUAUUGGUGCCACGGGAAAGGUCAAGAGCUGCAAGGUGGAUGAUCGAGUUCAUGAAUUCAUUACAAAGGUCGCCAAGAAACAGCGCACUGUGGAGACACGCUUGUCACAUCACUUGGCUCGCCACUUCUCCAUUUUCAAUGAUAUCCAUCUCUGCGCCUCUGACACAAUCGAUAAGUUCUUUAAAAGGAUACCACAUGAAUCAUCCCAGGUGUCCCAGCUCAAGGUGUUAGAUCUAGAAGGUUGUCGUUGCUUCAAGAAGAACUGGCACUACUUGAAGGACAUCUGCAGUAAGAUAUUACUACUCAAGUAUCUAAGCCUAAGGAGAACAGAUGUUACCCACCUGCCCAAUGAAAUCAACAACCUCCGUGAGCUAGAGGUAUUGGAUAUUCGGCAGACCAAGGUGCCUGAGUUUGCAACAAGAAGUGUCAUGCUCCUAAAGCUAAAGCGUCUGCUAGCUGGUCACAUUGAUCCGGCCAUCGGGGAUGAGGAAUUCUCCGGCGUCCGGAUUCCUGAAAAGAUCGAGAAAAUGGUAAACAUGGAGGUACUAUCCAAUGUCAAGGCAUGGAAAAGUCAAGAUUUGAAAGACAUUAGAAAGUUAUGGCAGCUUAGGAAGCUUGGUGUGGUUAUUGAUGACAAGAACAGUCACUUUUGUAAUUUGUUUCGAGCAAUCAGUGACCUGCAUGAGUGCCUCCAGUCUCUGUCAAUCACUCUUCCCACAACCAGAUUCGAGGGUACACCUUCCAUCGGAGAGUUCCCAGAUUAUAUGUGCUCUCACUUGAAAUGCUCUCCCAAGCUUCUUGAGAGCCUAAGCAUCAGCGGAACCACAGAAAGGGGGGCGCUUCUUCCAUUUUUGGUCAAAGACGAUGGUGGUAAUCAACUGAACAAGGUAACUCUAACUCGCACCAGGCUGAACCAGAAGGAUCUGCUGGUCCUCGCCAAGCUUCCCAAGUUAUGCUGUGUCAGGCUCCAACACAUUGAAUGCACCGAGAGAAACCUCACCUUCAAGAAGGGUGAAUUCCAAAAGCUCAAUUACUUUCUUGUUGAGGGCUCCAACAUGACUGAAAUCACUUUUGAAAUUGAAGCAGCUCCGGAGCUUGAAAAGAUUGUUUUGUCCUUGACGGGCAACCUGAAGUCUCUUUCUGGAGUUGAAAGCCUUCCAAAACUGGAGGAGCUCGAGUUGAAGAACAACAGCAGAUUGCUUUCAUUUUUUGAUAUGGACAAACAAAUAACCAAGGUGACUCUUCAGGAUACCUUUCUGAGGCAAGGUGAUAUACAAAUCCUCGCCAAGAAACCAAACAUGCGCUGCUUAGUACUCUUGGAUAAGUCUUACGUCGAAAGCAAGCUUACCUUCAACGAAAGCGACUUUCCAAAGCUCAACCUUCUUAUUGUUUACUGUUCGGCCAUUACAAACAUCAACUUCACUAGUGGAUCUGCUCCUAUGCUCGAGAAAAUCGACUGGUCAUUCACCAACAUGGAGUCUCUCUCUGGUAUCUGCAACCUUCCGAGAUUGAAGGAGCUUGAGCUCACCGGUGACUAUGUCCCUAAUGAGGUGGAAGAAGAGAUUAAGAAGCAUGGAGACAGAUAUUAUUUUAAACACAGGAAACCAGAAAAUCAAGACCAAGCAACAGGAACUGAACAAGAAGAGGACGAUGACACAAGAUUCCCCUUAUUCUGUUGAAAGAAGAACAAGGUUUGACACUUGAGGAGCAUCUCCUUUCAUCAUAGUUUAAUUUGUGUGUGCUCGUGUGGUUUGCAAUUGUGUGUUUUUGUCUGUUGCUCAUGCUAUAUUCUGCAUGUGUGUCGACUGAGCGUGUCGAUCUGGUUACUUAUGUUCUACAUGUGUGAUGGUGGUUGAGCAUCAUGAUUGUGUCUAUGCUCACGGAUUUGGAUUUGUGUGGCUUUCCUCUGGACCAUGCAUCUUGCUGCAUGCAUGGUUUCAUGUAAUAAGUGUGAUGCUUGUGUGCACAUUUGACUUCUGAUCAAUGUAUUGUGUGCUAUAUUAUAUGGUUUGACUGGGUGCUGCAAUUCAACA